UCAGCUUAAAUACAAAUCUCUCUCUCAGCAAAAAAUGGUAAAAUCUCUAAUCAAUUCUUGUAUCCCUAUCCUCCGUAGACGCCAAGCAAUUAUAACGCUAGUUUUCUUCGAACAAGGAACCACCAAAACCCUAUGUGACUCCAAGAAACACAUCGCCGGAGAAAUCAUGUUUGAGUUUCCCGACCAAAUCGUGUGCCAUGCAGAUUCAUUCUUCAUCGGUCGUCCGGUUCCAUCUCUAGCCAUGGACGACUAUCUACUCCCAGGUCAAACCUACUUCAUCUUACCGAUCGAACGUUUCGCCUAUAGAAUCUUAACCACUUCGUGUCUCUCCAUCUUCAAUUCUAAUAAUCUUGAUGAAAAUGUUCGGUCUACUAAUCCACCAACGUUGAACUUCACGGCCCCGUCGAGUCCACCACCGUUCGAGUAUUCUAAGGGACUAAACGGGAAGGUUGUGAUAAAAGUUUCUCCGGUUUUUAUCAUGAGUCUUAUAUGUAAAAACAGAAAGAUUAGCAAAGAAGAGACAGUAAUAGAUUGUGGUGAGAUCUGUAAUUCUCCCGAGCUAAAGAAGCAGUAUGAUCAGCUUGUGGGAACGAGAGAACACAUAUGGUCACCGAAGUUGCAGACUAUCUCGGAGCAUGAGAUUAGGGUUUCUCCGUUAAGGUUCUUGGGGAUUACUAGGAGACGACAAGAAGUGAACUGAUUAAGCUACGAAAAUUAUUCUUUUUUUUUCUCGUUUUUAGUUGUUCUUUAAAAAAAAGAUAAGAAGAAAAAAAGAAGUGGUUAGUUAAAAUGUGUGGUUGGUAUUGUUUGGUUACAAGUUAGUCAUGCAUGAACAAGUUGACAAUUUCCGUGUUUUGUAUUAUUUCCACAAAGUAACAUAUUAAUUUCCGAGGUGCUCCAUCAUGUACAUAUGAAAAAGGUGAUAUGAUAUAUGGUUCAUCCUUGACAAUUCAACUUUGCUCGCACGUCAAUUCGUUGUAACCUUGAAAACGUUAUGGCUU